UUGCCCUCAGAUUCCAAAUGAAAAUGUUUGAGAAUAUUGACUCUACAACAACAAGACCUGGCCCUGAUCUUUGGGCUGAAAUCUGUUCCUGUCUACCAAAUCCUGACCAAGAAGAUGGUGCCAACAAUGCCUUCUCAGACUCCUUUAUGGAUUCUUACCCUGCGGGCACAGGCCAAAGGGAGGCCCCAGAGUUUGCUGUUCAGCCAGCUACAAAGCCUUGGGCUCCCUUGCAGGAUUCAGAAGUAUAUUUAGCAUCUCUAGAAAAGAAGCUAAGAAGAAUCAAAGGUUUAAAUCAGAAAGUGACUUCCAAGGACAUGCUUCGAACCUUGGCCCAAGCCAAGAAGGAGUGCUGGAAUCGGUUCCUCCAGGAGAAGUUAGCGUCAGAGUUCUUUGUGGAUGGACUUGAUUCUGAUGAGAGCACCUUGGAACAUUUCAAGAGGUGGCUCCAGCCAGAUAAAGUAGCCAUCAUACAGAGGAGGUCCAGUAUCUGAUUCUUCCAGAGUCCCAGGUUGAGAAGCCAGCAGCCGGGGACAAGCCAGCGGCAGCAGAACAAUAAAUUAUACACACACACACACACACACACACACACACGCUGAACAGCUGUCUUGGAUCCAGAGGGAACAGCGGAAAGCUCGGCGGAGCAGCAAGGAGAAAUCCAGGGAGGCGGGGGAAGCCCACCCUCCCACUCAACAAAGCAAACAGCUUUGGCCCCGAGGACUUGCUUGGGGCUGGCAUGUGUGACUGUCUUGGAUAAAGUGACCCA